AACGCGCAUGCUCACUAUAUUGUUUCGGCUCGAAUGUCACGAAAUUCGAACUUGCAAUUCUUCUUUUAAAUCAUCUCCACUUUGUUGUAAGGUAAUCAUCGUUUUUAAUUCUAAGAUUGUUGCAGUUGUUGUUACUUGUUCAUGCAACGUUAUCUGUUUUUCCCACUGUCUGUCAACGUUUCAUUCGAAUGAGGAAAAGGAUGCAGGGCCAGGGAUAAAAUUGGAGAGCAGCUCGCUCGUCAAGCGGAUCAGGGCGUGCAGCUGAGCGGGGAAAGUCCCCGUGUCAAGUGGCAUCCAGCUUCAAAGCUCAACUCGCGUGGUGUCAAGACAAGUAGCUAGAGAGAAGCAAUCAUGCCACCUCUUACCCUCUUCCUCAACGAAGACGUUACAAAACUCCUUCACAACAAGUAUGUUGUUAUCUUGGGAGAUUCCAUCCAGCGAGGGAUCUACAAGGACCUUGUUGCUCUGUUACAGGGUAAUGAAUACCUGUCAUCGCAAGAUCUCAAGGCCAAGGGUGAGAAGAAGUUCAUGAAUGAUGUACUGAUGGAAGGAGGUAUUAUGCAUAAUGGCAUCAAUUAUAGAGAAGUAAGACAAUACAGGACCGAUUUUCAUCUAGUCAGGUUUUACUUCAUCACCAGAAUCUUCAACAAAUAUUGGGAGAACAUCAUCUUUCCAGACCUGCAGGGAGAGCCUGUGCCUGACGUGGUCAUCAUGAACUCUUGCCUUUGGGACGUUUCCCGUUACGGCCAAAAAUACUGCAUGACCUCCUUCAAGCGCAACAUAGAGACCACCUUCAGCAAACUCAACAGCAUCCUCCCGAUUGAAACUCUCAUCAUCUGGAACACCGCCCUGCCUGUAGCUCGUGAUAUCAAAGGAGGGUUCCUCCUUCCGGAGCUGAAGGAUCUUAGCAAGACCAUGCGCUUGGAUGUCCUCAAGGCAAACUACUAUGCCAAAGAGCUGGCGAAGUGCUACGAGAUUGACGUUCUUGAUUUGAACUACUUCUUCCAUAAUCAGAUGCAUCGACAGGUUGGGGAUGGUGUGCACUGGAACUAUGUGGCUCACCGGAGGAUCUCCAACUUGAUCUUGGCCCACAUCGCAGUGUCCUGGGGUGUUGGGUGUCCAAGAGGUAAGGAUUCAUUGAAGCUUCCUGAAAACCUCUACUUUGACUUUGAGACAGAAGAUGAAAAGGCUUCUCGGAAGGCAUUGGAGCAGGGCGACCGGAAGACUGAUUCACCAGCAUUCACGGAAACAAAAGAGAACAUCAGUCACUCCACAUCUAGCAAAGACAAACCUACGAGCACUGUUAGAUUGGAAGAAAAGUCUGGUGAGAAGUUGGCAAGGCCUUCUGAUGCUGACAACAUGAAAGAUUUUAACAAGGAUGAUGGUAGAUCUGUCUUGGUUUCUGAGGUGAAGGAUGACAAAGAUGGCAGAAGAUCACGGAGUCCAAUUGAAAUGAAUGGUCCAAGGAGUUCUAGAAGCCCCCUUGAACAAGAACGUCCACCAAGCCGUCCACCAAGCCGUCCUUCAAGCCGAUCUUCAAACCGAUCAGAAGAUCGGGCUGAUUCGGGUAAGAGGCACCAAGGAGACAGAUCUCCAACUCGUACCAACACCCCACCCCUUGGAGGAACGAGGCCUGCCCCUCUUGUAGAGCUUGAGCCUAUAGACAUUGGUAAUAUUCCCAAGGAUUCGCUUCCUUUGCCAAGGUCAAGACCAAGGUCACCAGGGCAUUCAUUCAAGAGCAGCUUACCAAGAGCCGGUGGCCGAUACCAGCCUUAUCCCAAUCAGAACAGCGUACAUCCAAACUUCUAUCCUCAAAACCAACCACAGUCCUGGCUUCCAAGUCGACCGAUUGCACCCCGUCCUUACUAUCCUCAGCCACAGUACAUGCCAUACCCAAAUCCACAAGCCUUCAUCCACCAAUACCCACAAGACGCUAGACAUUUCCUCAACCCAUACCAGAUGCCGAACCUUCAGUACGAUAACCGUAUGCGCCAGCGAUUGGCUGCAGAACGUAACCUGGAGGUCAUGCACGGCUUUUUGCAGGGAGAUGUGUACGGAUUGCUGUGAAAGAGAAAUCUCGACCAAAAAUGUGCAUCCUUUUUUUUCUCUUAAAAUGAUACUGAACACGUACAUGACAAUUUUUUUUGAUCAAAUUGAUGCCACGAGAAUGAACUUCUUUUCCGAUGAAUGGUCAACUUUUUUGCAAACUCAUGUGCCAUUUGAUUUAGGGUUAGAUCAGGGUCCCUUAACCCAAAGGUAAGCGAUUGAUUGUACACUUGAUUUUCACGAUUGAUUGUGCUUUGUGUUCAAUGCAAUCAAUUUUAAAGAUAUUUUUCCACGAUAAUUCCUAAGCUUUGUGUUACAGGUCCCAAGUCUUGCUUUAACUCCAAGGUGAUGAAGGCGAUUGCCGAGGGCGUCCAACUCGACUGUCUUAAUGCUCUUGAAAUUCCCUGUUACUAAUAGUGAUUCUAAAGCUAUUUUUCACGAAAUGGCCUUGCCAUCCUGAGAGCGUACUGUGAGGGCUGGAUUAGAUAAGCGCAUCUUUUGGGGGCAGAUCUCAUUUAUUAUUAACAAACCACUAGAAUGUGAAUGAGAUGCCAAUUUUUUUAGCAAAAAAAAAUAAUGAAACAAAGUUUAACUGCACAUCAGAAAUUUUAUUUGGAUUAUGGCAAAUAGAAUUCUUGGCUCUGAAAAAAAUAUAAUUACAAUAAAUGUAAAUAUUAAUCAACUUUUGCAUGUUUGUCGUUUGAGGGAUCAACGUCAGACUCAUCCAAUUACAAGUGAAAAUGAUCGGAUAAGAAUUACCGUAUUAGGGUAAUAGGGUCACAGGUCAUCCAUUGUUAUAUCUUGUUCUCCAAGCAUGGCUCGUCUAUGCAUAUGGGAGGGGCAACAUUUUUAUAGAUUUGGGAUUUUUAAGGUCAAAGGUCACAUGGAACAUUAUAUAUCUAAAAUUAUGUCUUAUGGUAAAUGAAGAACUACAUGUAUCUGAGGAUCAGUUUCAAACUUGUCUGAUAUAUGUAUAUUUGAGUAAGGAUGAUCCGAUCACGUACAUUUUUGGGUCACAAGAUCAACAAGGUCAUUUAAUUUGACGAUUUAAGAAGUUAAGUUUGUAAAAUAAUCUUUACAGUGGCAAUGUAUGAGGCAUACAUUUAAAUUCUGACUGUGUGCAUUGUGCAGUCAAGAAUCCGUCUAUUUUUUUUUUAACGAAACCAGUUGAACUUCCUAUUUAAGCCUGCAUUCACAAAAGUACUUAAACCACGUAUUAAAUCUUGAAGUGUGCCUGGCAAAUGUUACAACUCUGUUUGAUAUGUUUUUCUACAAACAUUCCUAUAUUGGUCUUUCUGAUAACUUGACAACAUGCUUUUUUAGAAAAAUCAUUUUUAAUCAUUGAUCAUAAAGACGUACUUCAUUGUUUGAGUAGAAAUAGAUCUGAUGAAUUGAACUUUUUAUAUUGAAAUUAUGUACUGUAUCACAUUUUCCUAUCCAUGGUUAUUUGACCUACAUGUGGUUAAAAUGAUUGUCUUUAUAUGUGGAGAGAAUUGUAAUUUGCUGUUCCUAGUAUUGUAAAGAGAGCUGGAAAAAACUAUAGUAAAGUAACAUCAAGGGACUAGCUAAUUCUUAAAGAUCUGGGGUCCGUUUCAUAAAACUUGUUACAAUAACAAAUUUACAAUAACAGUUAUAAGCCACUGAAAUCCUUCACUCUGAUUGGCUGAUAGUAAAUUUGUUAUAGAAAUCUUGCAUUUGUCAUUGUAACAAUGAAUAACAAUCCUUUAUGAAACAGACCCUGCAUUAUCCAUAGGAAGUAAAUUAAACUUUGCUGAACCCAGAAUUGUGAAAGGCUUGUGAUAAAGUUACAUCAGUGAAGCCAGCUAAAAUCUUCAGCUUACAUGGUGGGGAGAAGAUAUAAUUCCCUGAUCCCUGAAUUGUGAAUAGAAAUGGAAAUAACUGUCAUUAAGUUACAUCUUUGGAGUCAGCUCAAAUGGUGUCUCGGGAAAUAAUUAUACAUUUUUCCUUUAACCUCAAGUAUGUUUUACUACGGAGAGAUAGAUACCUUGUGAUUUCAACUUAUUAUGCAAUGUUUGGAACUUAAAAUAAUCACACAAGGAUUGUUUUCCGUAAAGUCUCUACACCCAUAAUGGUAUGUUUUCUGGAUAACCACUCAAAUGGUAUCUAAUUUCCCAUGAAUAACAUUGCUUCAAGUUAAUAUUACACUAAUAAAGUGUAAUCUAACUUCAAGGUGUACACUGAAAAUGCCUUAGUCACUAUUUUUUUUAACACUGCCUCAAAAUUUUAUUUAAACUAUGUGAAUUGUGUCAAAAGAUACCAAAGAAAGCUGACCAUAUUCUGUUAGCAGAAGAAAUCAGUUAUUACUUUACCUUGAUUACAACUCUCAUGGAUUUUGUCUUUAAAGGAACUUUUGAUUCAUCCUUAUGCUGCAUGUGUUUUUUUGUGUUAAAAUAGCUGUAAAUAUUACACUUAUUAAACACAAAUGGUAUAAAUUGCCAA